ACACUGUCUGUUCCAUAAUUCCUAUAUUUUACGCGCGUCCCUUCGAACUCUCGAGCAUCCUAAAUAAAUUCUUCUUUUUUUUCGCUAUACAAUUUCACAAUUUGACCAUGGAUUUCGCACUUACAAAUCCUGCUAUGGAGCCAACAACUGCACCUAUUCAGCAUAGAUUUGAACCCUACGAUGACAAUGGAGGUACCUCAGUAGCUAUUGCAGGAAAAGAUUUCUGUAUCGUUGCUGCUGACACUAGGCAAAGUACUGGAUACAGUAUUAAUUCAAGAUAUGCACCCAAAGCUUAUAAAUUAUCAGAGACCUCCGUUAUUGCUAUGAAUGGUUUCCAUGCAGACGGUUUAACUUUAAAAAAAGUACUUGAUCAACGAUUGAAGUGGUAUAAAUUCAAUCACGAAAAGAAUAUGUCAGUCACCGCUCUCGCUCAAAUGUUAUCCAUCACACUCUAUGGACGUCGCUUUUUCCCUUAUUACAGUUUCUGUAUUUUAGGCGGUGUCGACUCGGAAGGCAAAGGUGCCGUUUACUGUUAUGAUGCUAUUGGUUCUUUUGAGCGUGAAAAAUGUCGUGCUAGUGGUUCAGCUUCUGCUCUUAUCCAACCUUUCUUAGAUAACCAAAUUAUGAAAAAGAAUAUGGCCAACCGAAGUUAUGAAGAUAUGGAAUUAGAUGAAGUGUUAAAGAUCGUGAAAGAUGCAUUUACAUCAGCGACAGAAAGAGAUAUUUAUACCGGUGAUAACUUGGAGAUUUUCAUUAUUCGUAAAGAUCAACCUGUUGAAGUUCAGCUUCAUCCCUUGAAGAAAGAUUAAAGGAAGAAGAGAAACCCAGUAUCCUAUUAGCAUAUAUAUUAUGUACUUGAGCAAUUUAAAUAAAAGGGAAGAAAUGAACUACACAACAUCAUCGAUACGUAUUAACAUAGCCGAAAGGACAAAUUAGACGGAUUCUAAUACAUCGACAUGAACCAACGAGU